UCCGGUCGCGCAUGCGUAGAUUCUCAAACAGUCAGCUAGCAGCAAACUAGCGUAGUUAGCUUUGCUGCGGCGUGAAAACACGUUUUCUCUAUCAGAAAAUCUCCAAGGUGAAAUGUUUCGUAGAAAACUCACUGCUCUGGAUUAUCACGACCCCGACGGAUUCGAUUGUUCGGAUGAGACUCAGUUCAGGAACUGCAUCGUGUGGCUGGAAGACCAGAAGAUCCGACACUACAAGAUAGAGGACCGAGGUAACUUGAGGAACAUCCCCAGCUCGGACUGGUCCAACGCCUUUCAGAAAUAUCUGCAGGACCUGAACUGUCCGUUUGGCGCAGAGGAGAGGAAAGAAGCUGUGGACUGGUUACUUGGCCUGGCUGUGCGAUACGAGUAUGGAGAUAACGUUGAAAAGUACAGGAACUGUCAGCCGCUGGCGUCCGGGAACAGCGACAAAGCGGUGGAUCCGCUCCUCAACCUCGACAGUAAUUCUCCGGAUUUCAAGGCAGGAGUUACGGCUCUGGCCAACAUCCUGAAGAUCCAGCGACACGACGAUUACCUGGUCAUGCUUAAGGCCAUUCGCAUUCUGAUCCAGGAGCGAUUGUCUCCAGAGGCGAUCACCAAAGCCAACCAGAGCAAGGAGGGCAUUCCGGUCUCCUUAGAAAAGCACAUCCUGGGUUUCGACACUGGAGACGCCACUCUGAACGAGGCGGCGCAGAUCCUGCGCCUGCUGCACAUCGAGGAGCUGCGGGAGCUGCAGACCAAGAUCAACGAGGCCAUCGUGGCCGUGCAGGCCAUCAUCGCCGACCCCAAGACAGACCACCGGCUGGGGAAGGUCGGCAGAUGAGGGGCGGCGAGGAAACAGGAAAAGGAUAAACCAGUUUUUGUUGCCAUAAAGGAGGACGGACUUUGGUUUUGUUUUUUUUUGGUUAUGAUGAGAUGAAGCAGAAGUUCCGAUUAUGAAAAACUGGUUUUAAUGGCAGUGAUCUCUGCCCAGACUGGGGUUUAAACCCGUCCCCCUCCUGCUGUUGCGUCUUCCUCUCACACCUGUUUGUGUUUUUUGUUUUCUGCAGAAAAGAUGAAAUAAACGGUUAUAAAGCAAA